AUGCCAUUUGUAAUUUCUUCAAUACUAUGGGUAGCCCUUGAUACUACCAAUGCAAUUAAUGUUUGCGAUAUGUCAUGUAUUGUAGAACCUUCAAUGGGUUUACUAUUAGUGAUUGGUGGGUCCAUGGUGGCAAUUCGAAAUUAUAAAGGAUUUCAAGUUUACAAUUUUAACUCGAAUGUUUGGAAUGAUUGGAACGAAUAUAAAAUUUUAAUUGGAUAUCCUAAGGAAAUCGGUAUCAGAAUUUUCCAACCUCGAUCCAUUUUGAUCGAAUUGGGAAUUGUACUCAUCUGGGGUGGAAAACGUUAUAAUUCUACUAGUCAUGUUAUUUAUAGGUUAAAUAUGAAAGUAAUGCCAUGGAAAUGGGAACCGAUCUCUUAUAAUAUGAUGACUGUUCUAAACUCUGUUGGAAUUGCUCGUUCAAGGGAAAGAGUGUUCAUUUUCGGUGACAUAGAAAAACUUCAUACAGUCAAUCCAAUUCAAGAAGAAGGGCUCCUGAUGGAUUUAUUAUAUAUUUAUAAUAUUACAGAAUCUCAAAUUCUUUUACCAGGAUACCAACUUUCUUUUGCUUUUACUCAUUCAGUAACAGAUGGGUAUCGUGCAGCAGGUGUUCAACCUCCUGGAUCAGAUGUAGUAUUGAUAUAUGGAGGUGUUACUUAUCAAAAUUCCAGUUUGCCUCAGACAGGUAAUACAUCUGACAUGAUGUUAGUAUAUAACAUGAUUCUUCGUUUAUGGAUGGACACUGUAAAUCUUGUGACAGAUGUUUCAACCAAUAAUUUUGCUUUUUUGGCAGAAAGUUAUCUAUCUACAUUAAAUCCUUUAAACCCUUCAAUAACUAAUUGUACUUCAAAUCCUCAACAUCUUUAUUGGCCAAUAGAGGCAAUUAUUAUUGCACUUAUACUUGGCACUAUUAUAAUUGGUUGCAUUAUUGUUAUAAUUUAUCUAAUCAAAAGACAGACCCUCUAG